AAACCAGAUUUCGAUACAGGUCGGGCAACUGAGCAGUAUAUGAAUACGGUGAUCAUCAGCUCCGGUUGAUUGCUUUGAAGAACUCAACUAUCGGUAUAGUCAAUCAAUCGGGUCCAGAGAAAGCAACAUGAAUAAUAAUGGACCAGCUGCCACAGAAACAAGGUGGUUAUAUGACAGUCCAGUCAAUUCCGAUGUAGAAGCAAAGCUGAGGCGUUUCUUGGUUGAACUAAAGGAUACUGAUAGAAUACUUGGAAUCCAGGUUUGUGCAUACAAAGAUGGGCAAGUGAUAAUUGAUACUGCUGCUGGAGUACUUGGAAAAUAUAAUCGCCGUCCGGUUCAGCCCAACAGCUUAUUUCCUGUUUUCUCGGUAACUAAGGCCGUCACAGCCGGUAUGAUACAUUGGCUGGCUGAUAAAGGGAAACUGAAGCUCGAUGAAAACAUUGGAAACUUUUGGCCAGAGUUUGCUAAGAAUGGAAAAGAUCAAAUAAAGGUUAAUCAUGUACUUAAUCAUACGGCUGGUCUACACAAUGCUCUUGCUGGCGUUUGUGAAGAAGAUGAUACAUUAUUUUGUGAUUUUGAUGAGUGCGUAAAGCGUAUUGCUAUGGUUGCACCUGAGACUGAACCUGGUCGCGUACAGUUGUAUCAUUAUCUAUCAUAUGGCUGGUUGUGUGGUGGAAUCAUUGAGCAUGCUUCCGGAAAGAAGUUUCAAGACGUUCUGGAGGAAGCUAUUGUGCGCCCACUUAACAUCGAAGGCGAACUUUACAUAGGGAUUCCACCUGGUGUGGAGUCUCGUCUUGCAACUGUUACAUUAGAUCAUGAUAUCUAUAAGCCCAACUCGUUCUCGAUCCCACGGCCUUCCUCAUACACAUUCAACAUGAUGUCAAGCAUUAUACCAUUAUCAAAUACUCUCAAUGUGCGUCGUGCCAUACAACCUGCGGCCAAUGGACACUUCUCGGCUCGUGCUGUGGCUCGCUACUAUGCCACCCUCGUGGACGGUGGUGUGGUCCCACCUCGUCACCCCUCUUUAUCCGAAAGCCACCCCAUGAGUGAUAAAGUUGACAUAAAAAUCUUUACCAGCCCAAAAGGGAAAAUUCAUGACGCGCUUUUGGGAAGUGGAGAUUAUGAGGAUUUGAUCGUCCCAGAUGGGCAGUUUGGGGUUGGGUUUAUAAGAUUUAGUGAAACCAAUGGUUCGGUAAUUGGGGUUGGCCACCCAGGUUUAGGUGGUUCUACAGGUUACUGUGACAUAAACAACAGGUUUGCAAUUGCUGUAACCAUUAACAACUUAUCAUCAGGUGCUUUGACUGGGGAGAUAAUCAAGUUUGUUUGUGCGGAACUUGAUCUUCCUAUACCGGGAUGCUAUGACAAAUGACUAGCUCGUUCUAGUGCUUUAAUCUGAAGUUGCUUAUUGAAAACUAGUUUGAAGUUGUAAUGGUUUACUUUCUUGUUUCUCUAAUAAUAAUAACUGCUAGAAAAUCUGAAUAAAAUUUCUAAUUAUUAGUUUUAUUUAAGAU